AUGGAGUACUUUGCUUGUGCCUGGAAGAAAGUGAAGGAUGAGCAGAAGAAUAAGCUAGCAGACUUCACAGAAGAAGGAAGUGAAAAUGUGAACUCAGUGAGGAGGAACAUAUUCCCAGAUGGAAGAUUGGUAACCAAGGAAAGUUACACAAGGCUGAAAUGGUUGAAGCUUAGUUAUUUGCCUGAACUUCAAAAUAUAUGUGAAGAAGGAUACCAAAUCGAUCCGGUUCUUAAAAAACUUGAAGACCUUGAAAUUUAUGAAUGUCCUAGUUUGACGAUGUUGUCACCUUCCUCUGGUACUUUUAGUCACUUGACAAAUUUGACAAUAAGAAAUUGCAAUGGGUUGAUAAAAUUAAUUACAUCUCCAACAGCGAGAAGUCUUGCCAAGCUCACAACAAUGAUAGUAAACAACUGUAAUUCACUUGAAGAAAUAAUCACAGGAAGUGAAGAUGUUGAGAUUGCACUUACUAGUUUGGUAACAUUGAUGCUUGUAUGUUUGCCAAGGCUCAACAAAUUUUGCUCUGGUAAGUGCUUAUUGAAACUUCCAUUGUUGGAGGAAGUAGUUGUGAGAGAAUGUCCUCGCAUGAAGAUUUUCUCUGAGGGAAAUGUGAGCUCUCCAAUUCUUCAAAAAGUGAAAACUGCACAAGAUGUUGGGAAAUGGCAUUUGAAAGGGAACCUAAAUGAUAAAAUAAAGAAUAUGUAUGAAGAUAAGGUUGCAUUUUGUGAAUUUGAACAUUUAACAUUGUCUGAAUUCCCUGAACUGAAGGAUCUGUGGUAUGGCCAACUUCACCCCAAUGUGUUUUGCAAUUUGAAAUCACUAGUCGUGCAACGAUGUGAUUUUUUGUCAAAUGUACUUUUUCCAUCAAAUAUAUUGCAAGUGCUUCUUAGACUCGAAGAGCUUGAAGUGAGAGACUGUGAUUCAUUAGAAACAGUGUUUGAUGUGAAAUGUAUUCAAUCUAAAGAAAAAUUGGUGAAGCAAAUUGCUGAAUUGAAAAAAUUAACUUUGUCUAGCUUACCAAAACUGAAGCACAUAUGGAAUGAGGACCCUUGUGAAAUUAUCAGCUUUGGAAAAUUAGAAAUAGUGGAUGUUUCUGAAUGCCAAAGCUUGUUAAAUAUAUUAUUGCUAUCACUAUGCCAAGAUCUUCGACAUCUUGAAAUACUCCGGAUAUGGUUUUGUGGACAAGUUAACGAAAUUGUUGCAAUGGAAAAUGGGUCAAUGAAAAAUAGCAUUAGUUUUCCUCGAUUGACUGAAAUGGCAUUAGUUGGUUUGACAAACGUCAAGAGUUUUUAUCCAGAAAAACACACAUUAGAGUGCCCUUCAUUGAAUUUGUUAAAAGUGUAUCGAUGUGAAGCAUUGAAGAUGUUUUCCUUCAGUCCUUUAGGCUUCAAACAGCCAGCUCAGGUGGAUGAAAUUCAUGAUAUGCCAUUCCAAAUACCUCUAUUUUAUAUUGAAAAGGUAAGCCACAACAUGAAAGAUUUGGCUUUAUGUGGCAAGGAUGCAUUGAAAAUAUUGAGCGGUUGUUGUCCGGAAAAUCUCUUUCAGAAAGUUAAAUUUCUUCGUUUGCAGUGUUUCGAGGAAACUCCAAUUACUUUUCUGAAGGGUUUCCAUGCAAUCUUUCCCAAUGUGGUAACACUUCAAAACAACUCAGGUUUAUUUGGCAGGAAGACUUUUCAGUGGGUUACUUUUUAG